AUGGUUUAUAAAGGCCCCAGUAAAGGAUGUUACGCAUGUAGGAAACGUCGUGUCAAGUGUGACGAGGUACGGCCUCAAUGCGGCAUCUGCGUCAAAAGGAAGCAGCAAUGCCCGGGAUAUCGAGACUUCUUUGAAGCUGUGCACAAGGACGAGACUCUCCUCGUCUCCCAUAAAACUGGCCCGAAACGGCACAAGAGAAGAUACACUCCUGCUCGCGAUGUCUCGGGCAAUACACCCAGUCACCUCCAAAGCCCAUCGUGGGGAAGUGAUGAUGGUGAUCAUCCUUACGAGUAUGAACUUGCUCUCUUCACUCCACCAUCUCGAAAUGUUGAGAUGGAGUCGUUGUGUUACUUCUUUAAAAACUACGUCAACAUCCCCCGGGAUCCAAGCACCAACAUGUUCAUCGAACACAUCCUCCCCAUAUACUUGAACACGGCCCCUCAUUCGGCAUUGGCUGAGGCUACCAACGCCGUCGCCAUCAACAUCACGUCAAUGUGGAUGACACGAUACGUCGACUCUUAUCGUGCACGGGAAGCAUAUGCAAAGGCCGUGACGGGCCUGAAAUCUUUGCUGCAACACCCAGUCGAAUCCAAAACGGACGAGACGCUCGUCACCGUCUUCAUGCUGGAGUUUUACGACUCCCUCAAUCGGCGCUUUGUACACUUGGUUGACACGGGCGUCCAUCAGCAAGGUGCGGUGGCUCUACUUAAGCAUAGAGGGCGAGAUGGCUUCAAGACUCCGCUCUCUCAACGCCUCUUCAAUGCCAUGAGAAGCCGUCAUAUCAAUUAUGCCUUGCAGUUCGGGAAAAAGGUGGAGCUGGAUCCAGAACUCCUUGCCGACGAUACUGCAGUUCUCCCUUCUGCGAAGCUUGAUCUUUUGAACGUCCAACUAGCAGAGUUGCUUGAACUGUCUCGCGACGGUCCUGAGGUCGCAGGCCUCAGCCUAGCCGACUUCUACAAGGUCAUUUUGGAGAGGGCGCUUGACCUUGAGAGGAGACUGCAAGCAUGGAGGGACGCCCUCCCUCAGUCGUGGCGGCCAGUAUCUGUCCCGGUAUCCGAGCUGCAUCAAUCCAUACGCGAUGCCGGGAUUUAUGAAGGCAUGUGUGAUGUAUAUUCCUCGCUCGCAGUCUCUCAUGUCAAUAAUGCCGCUCGGAGUUCCCAGAUUGGGACACUCCGUCUGAUUACAAUAUGUUCGGAAAGGUUGAAGGACAUCGGCAUUGAUGUCGACCCGGCCAUCGAGCCGUACAUUGGCUUCCGAAUCCAAGAGAUUGUGGACCGCUACUGUGCCUCGGUGCCAUUCCAUAUGGGUAACAGAACAACACCCUCAUUCCCUGACGAGCACAGAGAAUACCCUCAUGUGCCUGCGGAGCUUCGUCAGAUGGCGGCUUAUGUCGACCCGUUUGGUAAUGAAGUCGAGAUGACCAUGGACGACCAUGUACGAGCCGCCGCGGCUAUAGGUGGCUGGUUCAUCAUGUUGCCCCUCGCAGGGUUUCUGAAGGCACGAGCCAUACAUUUCUCGAGUUCGCAACCAGGUUCAUUGCUAGGAAAGCUCAGAAAGGGCCAGACUGCCUGGAUCCGAGUCCAAAUGGAGCGCGUCCGGAAGAUCUAUUUGUUUCCAACGGACGGUAGCCCAAGCGAGCAUGACUGGAAGUGCAUCCUGAAGCCGUUCUGCGAUGUUCAGGGUGACGGCCAUAAUCUGUACGCACCAUUAUCCUUCAAUCAGAGAAUAUGGACAACUUGA